UAAUAAACAUUUUCUGAACGGAUGUUGUCUCGUUUUGGUACAAAACUGACGAGCGUUAUUCCACAAACAUUGUCACUCGCUCGCAAAUUAGUUUGUCGACACAAUUUGUCUGCUAAUCUGUUAAACGUCCCUGCAGAUCGUCUGGCUGACCGCAAAGGAAAGAGGAAUAAAAAAGGAUGGGUAUUCUACAGUCAAAAAAGAGGAAACAAAAGGGAAAGCAUCCAUUCAAUAAGGACGUAAAAAAUGGGGCCGCAAAAGAAGCAGCAACUAAAGACGCUUCUGACUUUAACCAUGGCGAAGCAAAUGCUUUAACUGGAAACCUCGACAACACUGCCAACACUAGUCCAGGACAAGGCCCUACUCAACUUAUUAGUCAUCAAAUGGAACCCAGCAAUGGUAAUGAAGCAAUUCUCACAAGGAUGUACCAAGUUCCUGCUUUUGAUGCCCCUCAAAACAGAGAACAAAACCUUCACAAGGCUGUGAACAUUUCACAGCAUGCUGACCCGGUAAAAUAUAUCCCAUAUCCUGCCUCAGCUGUAAGAGUGACUCAACAACACACAUAUCCAGCAAAACCCAAGGAUAAAAAGACCAGUACUCCAAAACCAAUGCUCCAACAGGCUACACCUGCAAGACCAACUGCUGGGUCGUGUUGUGGUGUGAAAACAACUGCAGGAGAAUUUGAUGCUCUGAGUCCAGACAUCUUAAAGCAACUUCAGAAUGUACCUGAAAAAUUAAGCCAGCAGCAGUCAAAAUCUUCAGCACAAGUGCCGCAAAAGACAAAACAGAAAAUAACUAUAGCACCAGCACAGCAACAGGCAAACAGACAGGUGAUGGAUGGUCAUACUCAACAUGAGGAAUCUAGAAAUCUCACACCAUCACAGAAGAGGCCUGCAGCAAAGGAAACCAGCUUUGGGAGUAAAGAGCAACAAGAGAUGACCCCUCAACUUCCUACCGCUAAAUUGCAAGCACCUGUGCGUCGUGCAUGUAGAGAGGUGGUCAGAGGUGUAACUACAGAAAACCUACACAGCAAAGAAGCAGAGGCACAAAUGAAAGCAAAGAUCAACAAAUCACCAAGUCAAAAAUCCAAAUGUAAGAACAAAGCAAGCACUGACUUGAUCUGCCAUGCAACAGACAAGGCUCACCACAUUGCAGAGCAAAGCACAACCACAAAACCAGGUACUGCUGAAGUGCCUUCCGCCAAGCCUACAAAGCCACCCAACCAUUCAGCACAAGUGUCGAAUCAGUCAAAAGCUCAUGUCAACAAUGAGGAAAAUGCACUACAAGAACACUGCUUGAACCAUAACGGUGGCACCAACAUGAUAGCAGUGGACUAUCUAUAUUGCUUCAGGGUCAAAUCAGAAAUAAGCCGCACUAACGCUGCCAAAAUGAGGCUAAGGCACAAACUAGCAAAGAAAUUAAAGGCUCAGCCAGGAGAUGACCAUAAGGGCUUCCAGCCAAUAGCUGAAGAAACUGUCACCACUGUGCAAGAGAGUUCACAGCAUCAAGGUUGCACUGCCAUGGAAGAAAACACAAUCGAGAAACCCAAUGAGCCACACCAUAUACCUCAACCCAACAAAGCUGACAAUGAGACCAGUGGGAACACUACAUCUUGCAUGCAAAAAGUCAACGUGAAAGCGCUAGCACCACAGGUCCCAGUAGUUGAAGGGAUGCCUACAACUGUCCCAAGUAAUACUGCAAUUCAUAACCCAGAAAGUGUCAAGUUAAGACUCCAGCGUGAACUUAAUGAGACAGGCAUCAUCCCUGCAGUGCCUCCUGAACCCAAAAUCCGUGCUGAGGGUCGCUGGCAGCCGUUUACAGUCUAUCAGUCCUGUCCCCACAAGGUGGGCUGUCAACACAACUCGCGGACAGGUUUGCAACAAAACGUCCAAAAGCGGUCUGAUGAAUACCCAAACUACCUGUGUGAGCCUCCUUGGGUCACCACAGCAAGAUUUGCAGCUUGCUUAGCACUGAUAGAGACACAGAAGGAGGAAGGAGAUUCUCACCAAUGAGAGAAGACACUCAAAAUAUUUGUUAAGUUAAUCACCGGCAUAUUAAAAAUUGUUACGUUGCUGUAAAUGACUUGCUUCCUAGGAAAGUUAAAAGUUGUAGUGUAAAAAAAACUGAAACGCAGUCAUUCAAAAAGUUUAUUUUCUGAAUCAUUUAUUGCAGACAAAGAUUUGCAUUGUAAGAUCAACUGGAUUACAAACCAUCUAGGGAGGAAGAGGCAUUACCAUUUAGGAAACACUCACAAACUUCAAUGGCAAUUCUGUCAGUUGCUAGGAUACAAGGCAUGGGCAAUACAUUUCUGUGAGCUCUACUAAGGAGAAAAUGGACUUUGUAUACAAAAAGAGUUUUCU